UUCUGCUGAAGUCGAACCGGCAUGCAUUCCGGGUUACAGCAUUUAGGUGAACGAAACUAGGGCAAUAGCCAUUUAGUUUUUACGAGGAUGUCUGCAGUGUAAUAGUCAACUGUCCGUCGGGAUAUCUAGCUACAAAUUAUCAUCUGUCGCGAAACCGCACGGACUGUUUUCUUCAUUUAUUUUUAUACAUUUUUUUAAACGGGACAGGAAAUUAUUUGAUAUAAUACAGCUAUUUCUUCACAAGGAAGGGGAGCUUCAAUGGACCGGCGCCAGCAUUGGAGACGAUAAGUGCACCCUAAAAUCUAACAGGACAGCCUCUUAAUAGGGGAUUUAUGUCCUUUUAACACUUACAUUCCUGAUGGGGCUCAUUCCUGAUGCCAGUACAGCCAUGGUUCCAGUUCGCAACAAUGACUGGCUGCUGGAAUGCUGAUGAUUCCUAAUCUGUGUGGUAAUAUGCUUGCUGUACCGAGCUUUUUUCUUUUUUUCCAUUUUCUUUUGUUUUUCUUCGGUUUCCCCCCAACUAAAACCCAGUUUUCGCCCUCUCCAAAGCCAAGACAAAGCUUCCUGCUCUUUACCCAGUCGGCCUAUAAUGCUUCUGUCUUUGAAAACUCUGCUGCGAGGACGUAUAUCACAAGUGAAGUCAAAAUGGGCAUCACUGUCGGGCUACCCUGGUAUUUAGAUGUGAAAUACUCCAUUGAAUCUGGAGACAGUGAGAGCAUCUUCCAAGCUGAGGAGUUUGUGGUGGGAGAUUUUUGCUUCCUCCGCAUAUGCACUAAUGGAGGGAGCGGUGCCACUUUGAAUAGGGAGGUUCAAGACAAUUACACCCUGACAGUCAAGGCAUCAGCCCAAGGUGGCCUGGAAGCUUUAGCCACCGUCAAUAUCAAGGUGUUGGAUACAAACGACCUCCGGCCUCUGUUUUCACCGACAUUCUACUCUUUUGUUGUUUCUGAAAGUGCCCCUCUUGGCACAACCAUAGGACGUGUAACGGCCACCGAUGCUGACGUGGGUUCCAAUGGGGAGUUUUACUACUUUUUUAAGAACAGAGUGGAACUUUUUUCUGUUCAUCCAACCAGUGGGUUCAUAACCCUCACAGGACGGCCAAGGAUAGACAAAUUAGAGAAAUUUGAAUUGGAAGUGCAGGUGAUCGAUAGAGGAAUGAAACUUUAUGGGAACAAUGGGAUCAGUAGUACAGCUCGGCUUGUCUUGACUGUUGAGCGGGUCAAUGAGUUUGCUCCUGUUCUCAGCGCAGUCACUGUCACUCCAUCAUGGACAGACAAAAAUCCAGUCUAUGUCAUAGUGAGGGUAGAGGACAAAGACGAGGGUUUAUCAGGAGAAAUAGAGUGGGUGUCUAUUACUGAGGGAGACCCUUUUGAACUUUUUGAGGUUGAGCGAUCACCUGUUGCGAACGAAUAUCUGGUUAAAACAUCAGCAAGGAUUAAUUGGGAUAUAUUCCCUUUUGGCUGCAACUUAACUUUUCAAGCUAAAGACAGAGGCAUACCUUCCAAGUUCUCCAACACACAGCUUGUACAGUUGCUGGUUACAAAGCCAGAUCCGGUUUUAGGAAAUUUUGAAAAAGAAAUUUAUGCAGUCAAGCUGAGUGAAAUAGCUCCCCCAGGCACUAUUGUAGCAGUGGUGAAAAUAUCCCCACCUCCCCUGAGUGUCAAUUACAGUUUUAGCAGCCUCUCAGAUCUCAUGUAUUUUUCUAUAAACCCUCUCACUGGUGUUAUUAUGACCACAAGGCAGCUAACAAAGAUAUCACAGGACUUCAUGCAGAUGGAAGUAGUUGAUAUAAUCAGUCAGCAGCGAGCAAGAGUUCAAAUUACCAUAGAGGAUGCAAACAACAACUCACCUGUGUUCAUCAGGCCACCCAGUAAUAUUGUUGUCAACGAGAGCUUACCUGUUGGCACCGUUGUUCUUGUCGUGUCUGCUGUGGAUGACGAUAGAGGAGAAAACGGUUAUGUUACUUACACAAUCAAUGGUGACCAGUCUCUUCCUUUUGCCAUACACCAGCACACUGGGGAGGUGAGAACCACAAGAGAUCUGGAUUUUGAGUCGUCAAAAGAUUCUUAUAGUUUUGCAGUAAGAGCUUCUGACUGGGGUUCACCCUACAGAAGGGAGAGUGAGCUAAAUGUCACCAUCCGCGUGACAAACAUCAAUGACAACCCACCGCUUUUUGAGAGGGUUUCUUGUAGAGGAAUGCUUGGUCGUGAUUUUCCACUCAACAGGACCAUCAUCACUUUGUCAGCAAUAGACAUGGAUGAACUCGAGAUGGUGAAGUACAAGAUACUAUCUGGAAAUGAGUUAAACUACUUUAGAUUAAAUCCAGACUCUGGGGCCUUGUCGUUGCAAAGAUCUUUCACAGCAGAAACCUUGAGAAGUGGGAUAUUUAGCCUUAAGGUAGUUGCAACAGAUGGAGAGAGGUUCUCUGAUCCCGCAUUUGUCAAUGUGACAGUUGUUCGGGGUGGGAUGCCACCCAAGGGGUUCACCUGCAAGGAGACCAGGGUUGCUCAGCUGUUGGCAGAGAAAAUGAUCACAAAAGCAUCCGCCAUGGCUAGACCAAAAUCAGAUGAGAGAAACAUUGAUAUUUUCUCUGUGAAUAAUCAAGCUCCACAGUUUGAGGCCUUGCCUACAAGUAUUUUGGUGAGAGAAGACCUGACUCCUGGAGCUAGUGUGUUUCAAGUACGAGCACGAGAUGGCGACUCAGGUUUCAAUGGCCGUGUUCUGUUUUCAAUUUCUGAUGGGAACAAAGAAAACAGCUUUAAUAUUGACAUGGACAGUGGGCUAAUAACUGUGUUGCAGCCACUUGACCGCGAACAGCUGGAUCGGUACUUCCUUAAUAUCACCAUCUACGAUCAGGGCAUUCCCGCAAUGUCCAGCUGGAGACUGCUGACGGUGAUCAUCGAGGACGCAAACGACAAUGAUCCUAGGUUUGAUCAGGAAAACUACUCUGCAGUUGUUGCUGAAAACUCAGCCAUUGGCUUGGAAGUUAUUACAGUCGCUGCUUUUGACAAGGAUAUUGGCCAAAACGGACAGCUCUCAUUUAUUAUGUUGACCAGCAUACCACAUUUUGGUAUUGACAGCGAAACUGGGACUGUAUUUGUUGCAAGCACUCUGGACAGAGAAACAUUUCCCAUGUUCGUAUUAAAAAUUGAAGUCAAAGACAAGGCAGAAAAAGGCACUCGGAGAUCAUCAGUGACUACUCUCAGCAUAAUAGUGGAAGACGUCAAUGAUUGCUCUCCAGCUUUCAUCCCUUCCAGUUAUAGUGCACGGGUACCAGAGGACUUACCCUCAGGGACUGUGAUUACCUGGGUGCAAGCACAAGACCCUGACGUUGGCCCUGGUGGACAAGUCCAGUACUCUUUGAUCAACGACUUCAAUGGAACUUUCGAGAUCAAUUCUGUGAGUGGCAUACUAAGGAUAAGGAAGGAGCUGGACUUUGAGACAAAGCAAUUUUUCAACCUGACCAUCCUUGCUGAGGACAGAGGAACACCCAGACUUAAGAAUCAGACAUUUGUGGAGGUGGAGGUGGUGGAUGUCAAUGAGAAUUUGUAUGCACCCUACUUCCCUGACUUUGCUGUGAGAGGCUCAGUGAAGGAGAACUCUCGUGCGGGAACGAGUGUCCUGGCAGUCACAGCAAAAGAUGAUGACAACGGACGAGAUGGCACGUUGAGGUACUCUAUCCGGGGAGGCAGCGGACUAGGCACUUUCACCAUCGACGAAGACACAGGGAUGAUCUACACUGCUGGAAUCUUGGACUGUGAAACCAAAGACUCUUAUUGGCUUACUGUGGUUGCCACAGACAGAGGGUCCACGCCUUUGUCCGCUUCUGUUGAAGUCUUCAUUGAGAUUGAAGAUGUCAACGAUAAUGCCCCCCUCACUUCGGAUCCUAUCUACCAUCCAGUCAUCAUGGAGAACUCUCCAAAGGAUGUGUCAGUCAUUCAAAUACAGGCGCAGGACCCUGACCUUUCUGCCAAACCCAGCCGCCUGAGUUAUCGCAUAACUGCUGGUAAUCCGCAGAAUUUCUUCUCCAUCAACCCCAAAACAGGUCUAAUCACAACAACUGCUCGAAAAUUGGAUCGGGAACAACAGGCCGAGCACUUUUUAGAGGUGACAGUCAUAGACAGUCCCGUGACAACCCGGCAGUCCACUGUGUGGGUCAUAGUUCACAUCGAGGAUGAGAACGACAACCGGCCCACCUUCCCGGAGGCCACUUACCGCAUCAGCCUGCCCGAGCGAGACCGCAACAGACGUGUGGAACCUGUUUACCGCGUGUUCGCCUAUGACCGCGACUCUGGAGCAAACGGCAACAUCACGUACAGCAUCACUGAGGGCAACGAGGAGGAAAACUACAGUAUUGACCCAAAAACUGCUAUGGUGUCGUCAAAGAAGAUGGUGCCAGCUGGCAGCUAUGACAUCCUCACUAUCAAAGCAGAGGACAGUGGAGAUCCAUCUCUGUGGUCGAGCGUCAAACUCCACAUCGAAUGGAUCCGAAAGCCCGUCCCCUCACAAAUGCCCCUUCUUUUCACCCAGAGGAACUACAACUUUUCAGUUCCAGAGUCAACCGCUGUUGCUCAACCGGUUGGUGUGGUGGCGGUCAGUCAGUUGAAUACACCUGUCUGGUUUAACAUCAUUGGCGGACGGCUUGCCAGAGAAAUGUUCUACAUUCCGCAGAAUGCGUGCGGGAGAAACUGCUCUCUUGAUACAGGAAGCUUCGACAUGCAGUUUGACCUUCAAGUCGGAGUGGGGACCCUUGUCGUGGCCAAGCCCCUCGAUGCGGAGGUGCAGUCAGUGUACAACAUGACUGUACAGGUGACAGAUGGGACCAGCUUUGCCACAGCUCAGGUGUUCAUCAGAGUACAGGACAGCAACGACAACCCGCCCGUCUUCUCACAGCCGACUUAUGACGUGACUGUGUCAGAGGACGCACCUGCUGACAUGGAGCUGCUGCGCGUUAGGGCGACGGACAUAGAUGAGCGAGCCCGUUUGAGCUUCUCCAUGUACGCCAGCGUGGACCCUGCCAGUAUGAGGCUCUUCAGGGUCAGUCCCGGUACAGGGGUCAUUUACACUGCAGACCGGUUGGACUACGAGGCCAGAACGCAGCACAUCCUCACUGUUAUGGUUAAGGACCAAGAGUUUCCAUUUAACCGGGACCUGGCUCGUAUUGUGGUGGCAGUGGAGGACACCAAUGAUAAUGUUCCCUUCUUCACAAGAACUACAUAUGACGCUGUGGUCUAUGAAACAUCUCCUGUUGGGUAUUCUGUGCUGCAGGUGACGGCCCUAGACAAAGACAAUGGAAUCAAUGGUCAAUUGACAUACAGCAUUGAAGCAGGUAACACCAGAGGUGUGUUCAUGAUUGAUAAUGCCACUGGCCUUAUCUCGAUUGCGAAGGAGCUGGACGUCAUUUCCGUGGGCUUUUACGCCCUCACCGUACGCGUCACAGACAACGGAUUCCCUCCACUGUCGGCCGCGGCUUUGGUCCGCAUUUCCUUGAUGCUCUCUGAGUUCUCCAAACCGAAAUUCUCUCAGAAAGAGUAUCAAGCUGAGGUAAUGGAGAACAGUAAAAGUGGAACAUACGUGACCACGGUUACUGCCCUAAGCCGCUCACCGCUCAUUUAUGACGUCACCAGAGGCAACGAGGAACGCAGCUUCUCUAUUAAUCAGCACACUGGCGUAAUCACUACUCGCAAGACGCUUGACUUUGAGCAAACAGCUUCCUACUUUCUGAUGGUGCGUGCUCUGAGCAUGGCUGGAGUGGAAGCCAGUGCUGCCGUCAUUGUUCAAGUUGGGGAUGUCAAUGACAACCCACCAGAAUUCCUUCAAACCAGAUAUGCUGGUAGAGUCAGUGAAGCUGCUCUGGUCAACAGCGUGGUUCUGAGCGAUGACGGUAAUCCUCUGGUCAUUCAAGCCACAGACAAGGACCGCAAUCACAAUGCCAUGCUAGUGUUCCAGAUCAUAGAUGAGACGGCCCGAAUGUUUUUUAGUGUGGACUCUGGAACUGGAUCCAUUCGAACGAUUGCUAAUCUGGACUUUGAAACUUUCUCGGAGUUUCUCUUCCGCGUUCAAGUACGAGACAGUGGAGAGCCUUCUCUGUGUGCAGACAGCCCAGCAGAGGUUUCGAUCAAGGCAAGUAAACAACAUCUUUUCAUGUUCUUAAGGUUUUACUCGGAUGUUAUUGUACCAUUUCUUCAUAACUAUACACCUUAUUUCCAGGUGAUCAACAUCAAUGACUCACCCCCUAAGUUCUCCCAGGAAAUUUACGAGACCGUCCUUCUGCUGCCCACCUAUGUGGGGGUUGAGGUUCUUAGAAUUGAGGCUUUAGACCCGGAUGUCAUCACUGGAGAAUUUACCACACCAAAGUUGUUUUAUUCUUUGGUUGAUAGCAAUAUGGAAUACUUUUUUGUGGACCGCUACUCGGGAGUUGUGACUGUCGCAAACAGGAAUCUCAGUAAGGACCGUUAUCGCUUUAAUGUGAGGGUAUGGGAUGGAAGAUUUUCCAGCAUUGCAACGGUCAUAGUCUUUGUUAAAGAUGCAAUGGACAGCGAUCUUCUCUUCACCCUCCCUGUGUUCUCUGGCUCCAUAUCUGAGAACGUAUCCAAUGUCACUUUGGUGACUAUUGUGAAUACAAUUGGCCACCGGCUCAAUGAGCCGCUCAAGUACACCCUGCUUAACCCGGGAGGACGAUUCGCCAUCCGACCCACCUGUGGAGCGGUACUGACCACCGGGGUACCUUUUGAUCGGGAGGAGAAGGAAAGUUAUGAGCUGGUGGUGGAAGUCAGCAGAGAAGAUGAGAUACUGAAAGUAGCCAGGGUGACUGUGCAAGUGAAGGUUGAGGAUGUGAACGACAAUGUUCCAGAGUUUGUGAACCUCCCAUACUAUGCUGCCGUUCAGGUAGAAGCUGUACCAGGAUCAGUCAUUUUCAGGGUCUCAGCAGUGGACCGGGACUACGGCCCAAAUGGAGAAGUGACUUACAGUCUGAAGAUGCAGCAGAGAAACUUUGAGAUAAAUCCAGUAUCAGGAGAGCUGAUUCUAAAGAGAGCUUUUGGAGCUGACUUGUCGAAUGCAGAGUACAAGUUGACAGUGGUGGCCACCGACGGAGGCUUCCCCCGUCUGUCCAGUGAGGUGCAGCUGCCCGUCACCGUGGUGAAUAAAGCCAUGCCGGUGUUUGACAAGUCCUUCUAUGGUGUCACAGUCAGAGAGGAUGUGGCGGUCUUCACCUCUGUUCUGUGCAUCAAUGCCAGCAGCCCUGAAGGCCAGGAGAUCAUCUUCACCAUCACGGACGGAGAUCCAAUGGUGCAGUUUGACAUCGGCUUUGACACGGGAAUUAUCACUGUCAUUUACCCAUUAGACUACGAGACGACACAGUAUUACCGCUUAACGGUGAAGGCUGCAGAUACACUGACCGGAGCAAAGUCUGAGGUGGAUGUGGAUAUUGUGGUUCUGGAUGUGAACGAUAACCCGCCGGAGUUCCAGAAUGCAUCGUACUCUUGUGUUCUGUCUGAGAACUCCAUGACAGGAACAUCAGUCUUACAGGUGUUCGCUCAAGACCAAGACUCAGAAAAGAAUGCUGCUGUGACCUACCAGAUCCUAUCUGACAUGUACAACAGCACCGACUUCUUCCAAAUCGACAGCGGCAGCGGAUCAGUAUUCACCGCACGGAUGCUCGACUAUGAGCUCAUGCAGUACUACAACUUCAUUGUCAGAGCCACGGACAGCGGAGAUCCUGCCCUCAGCAGUGAUGUUAGUGUCACUGUGACCGUCACUGACACAAACGACACCCCACCUAAUUUCAGCCAAGCGCUAUAUGAGGCCUUUGUCAGCGAGCUGGCUCCCAGAGGACAUUUUGUGGCUUGCGUUCAUGCAUCAGAUGCAGACAUUUGUGACGCACAAAAACUGAGGUAUAGUAUUCUCUCGGGAAAUGAGAAAAUGACUUUUAUGAUGGAGCCACAUACGGGGGUGAUUCGUCUGUCUAACAAGAGGAGACAAGGCAUGAAACUCUCCUAUCAGCUCAAUGUCUCUGUGUCAGAUGGAGUCUUCACCAACAGCGCUCAGGUGGUCGUGCGUGUCCUGGGAGCUAAUCUGUACAGCCCGGUUUUCAGUCAGAGGUUCUACCUGGCCGAAGUCCCGGAAAAUUCCUCUCCAGGAUCAAGAGUUAUUCAGGUUCGGGCGACAGAUGAAGACUCAGGUUUGAAUGGCCAGAUCACCUACUCCUUCAUCAACGACUUAGGGAAAAGUCAGUUCACCAUCGAUGCAGAUGGAGUCAUAUCCACAGUGGAAGUGUUGGAUCGAGAAAAUCCUCUGAACAAAGACAUGGUGCUGACUGUCAUGGCCCUGGAUGGGGGAGGGCGUGCAUCAUUUUGUACAGUGCGAGUGGUCUUGGCAGAUGAAAAUGACAACGCUCCAAAGUUCAGAGCAGUGGAGUAUCGCAUGAGCAUCAAAGCUAAUGUUGCCAAAGGUUCUCUGGUCACUCAGAUCCAGGCCACUGACCCCGAUGCCGGCUCUAAUGGAAGGAUAACCUACUCCCUUUACAGUGAGGCCCGCCUCUCACUUGUUGAUGUUUUGGAGGUGGAAUCAGACAGUGGCUGGAUGAUGACUAAAAGCACAGUGGACCACCUACAGGGAACUGUGCUGUCCUUCUUUGUCAAAGCCACAGAUGGAGGUUCUCCUCCCAAGCACUCUCUGGUUUCAGCGUUCAUCCACGUCGUUCCCCCGGAUGCGUACGUCCCGUCGUUCAGUCAGCCUCAGUACUCCUUCACCAUCCCGGAAGACACAGCUGUAGGAACAGCGCUGGGCUCCGUUUACCUGGGCCCGGGACAGUUGGGCUUCUUCACCGCAGUUGGAGGAGAGACGCUCGACAGCAACCAAGGAGAAGCUUUCAUGGUGGAGAAGGAGACGGGCCUCAUUCGCCUGCUGAAAGCGCUGGAUUACGAAGACGUCAACAUCUACCGCUUUAAAGUCGCUGCAACGACGAGACGAGACUUGACUGAGUCGGUCACCACUGUGGAUGUGGAGGUUAAGAUAUUAGAUGUAAACGACAACCAGCCAGCGUUUGAGACCAACGCAUACGUAGCCACAGUGAUGGAGGGGAUGCCAGCAGGGACAAGAGUGAUCCAAGUGCGUGCCCUCGAUCCUGAUUGGGGCUCUAAUGGACAGGUGACCUACAGCCUCGGGGCUCUGCUUACCUACAAUCUGGACUUGACGAUCGGCGCUCCGUACCUCACCGGAGCCAUCACCACCAGUUCUGUCUUCGCCAUUGACAGUAAAACGGGCUGGAUCACCACAGUGGGCCAGAUGGACCACGAGGCCUGCUCCAGCUACAGCUUUGAAGUAGUGGCCUCUGAUUUGGCGGAGUUGCUCCCGCUCUCUUCCACCGCCGUGGUAACCAUAACCGUGUCGGACAUCAACGACAACCCGCCGCAGUUUGACAGGGAGUUUUACAGAGGCGCUGUGAAGGAGAGUGAUCCUCUUGGAGAAGUGGUGGCUGUUCUGAGAACGAAGGACCAAGACGGAACGGACCAAAACCGUCUGGUUAGCUUUUACAUCACAGGUGGAAAUCAGCGGGGAGUGUUUGCUCUGGCCCUUGUUCAGGGGGAGUGGAAAGUGUAUGUCAGUGGACUGCUGGAUCGUGAGCAGCAAGACUAUUAUCUGCUCAACAUCACAGCCAGCGAUGGGCUUUACGUCGCUCACACCGCUGUGGAGGUUACGGUGAUGGAUGCCAAUGACAACAGUCCAAUUUGCAAACAAGCGGUCUACAGUGCCUCUUUUCCAGAAGACAUUCCCACCAACAAGGGCAUCCUUACGGUCAGCGCAGCAGAUGCCGACUCUGGCUCCAGCGCAGAAAUCCAGUACUCCCUGUUUGGCAUUGGAGUGGAGGAUUUCUAUAUGGAUGCAAACACUGGCGAGUUGCGCACUGCCACAGUAAUGGACCGUGAAUUGACUCCCACCUAUAAACUCAUCGCCCAGGCGACUGAUGGAGGAGGGCUGUUCUGCAGAUCUGACAUCUCUCUCAAAGUGUUGGACGUGAAUGACAAUGCCCCUUUGUUCUCGUCUACUCAUUACCUGGCAAGUGUUUAUGAGAACGCCGCCCCCAAGGCUUUGCUUACCCGGCUGCAAGCCACUGACCCUGAUGAGGGCCUGAACCGUACAGUGGUCUAUUCUCUUGUGGACUCGUUCAGUGGAUUCUUCUCUAUCGAUUCCAUAUCCGGAGUAGUUAUUCUGGAGAAAUCCCUGGACAGGGAAAGCCAAGACUCCUAUCGUGUUCGUGCCCAGGCUACUGACAGAGUUGGCCAGCAGGGGGCGAUGUCUUCCCAGGUUGAUUUGACCAUUCUGGUGCUGGACGUGAACGACAAUGCCCCAGUUUUCCAGAAGAGGGACUAUGCUGUCACAAUCCCCGAAGACGUAGCUGUGGGGACAGAGGUUCUCCGCGUGCUGGCGACGAGCGCCGACAUCGGUCCGAAUGCGGAGAUCACCUAUACCAUCCGGUCAGGCAAUGAGUUGGGAAAGUUUAUCUUAAACAGAAAACUGGGUUCCAUAUCUGUAGCUGAUGACUUGGACUUUGAGGUCUGUAAGGACUACUACAUCACAGUUGAGGCGUGGGACAGCGGGAACCCUCCUCUUAGUACAGCCACUAUGGUCGUCAUUGAACUCAUGGAUGUCAACGACAACGCCCCCACCUUCGAUCAGGAGGUUUACAACGUGCUCAUCAGUGAGGAUGCCUCAGUGGGGCAGACAGUUACAAGGGUUUCUGCAGAAGAUCUGGACAGCCAGGUGAACGGGCGGAUAACCUAUUCCAUUCUGAAAGGCGACCGGAGCAACCAGUUCUGGAUUGACCCUGUUACAGGACUGCUUAAAGUCAAUAAAAGGCUCGAUAGAGAACUAGUGUCCAUGUACUCUUUGUCAGUGCAAGCAUUCGACAGUGGUUCUCCUGCCAUGUCCACCACCGUCACGGUUAACAUCGACAUCUCCGACGUCAACGACAACCCCCCUGUUUUUGUUCCUCCUAAUUCCACAGCUGUCAUACAGCUUAAUCAGGCUGCUGGCACCGACCUGCUGAAAUUGUCAGUCAGCGAUGAAGACUCCCCCAGAAACGGCGCUCCCUUCGUGUUUCGCAUUGCGUCGGGAAACGAAGGAAGUUAUUUCGCUUUGGAUCAGACCGGCACUCUGAAAGCCAAUCGUUUGUUCGGCUCUGAAGCCCCAAGAGAAUUUACCCUGGAAAUCCAGGCAAGUGACUCUGGUAAACCGAGCCUCACCGCGUCCUCCUGGGUCUCUCUGAGAGUCAUGGGCAACAGUCAGUACAAGCCCACCGUCUCCCCUCUGGAGAUCUUCAUCGUCAUGUUGACAGAUACCUUUCCGGGCGGCACGGUCGGUCGGAUCUACGCAGCCGACCGUGAUCCCAGCGACGUGUUGUUGUUUACCCAGAAGCCUCAGCCUAAGAGCAUGUUUAGGAUCAACAGACAGGAUGGCAGCAUUGUAGCUCUGGCUGGACUGGAGCCUGGAAGAUACCAGAUGAACGCGACCGUGAGCGAUGGUCGUUUUGCUGUGAUAGCUGACCUGUCAGUCCUGGUCGAACAGGUAACAGAUGAACUGCUGCGUAGCGCCGUGACCUUACGCUUCGGCUCCCUCUCCCCAAAGGAAUUACUUGGUAGCUACCUGAACCAAAUCAAAUCAACGCUACGACGACUAGCUGGCUGGAAAUGGUCUCCAGGGCAACAGGAUCCUUUGCACAUAAUCAGUGUGCAGCCAGUGAUGGGGACGUCAGAUGUCGACUUAGUUCUGGCUAUGGAGAGGCCAGAGGCGUCGGGGGGCGGGCGGAUCGGGGGCUUUUAUUCAAAGCAAGAGUUAUCGGUGAAGCUGGAGCAGGCUGCAGCGAAGGGUCAGAUCGGAGGAGUCCUGGGCGGGAUGGCCGUGGUGGGCAGCACUUGUUCUGGAAAGCUGAAUUGUGGUGACAAGGUGUGUGAGAACGCACUAGCGGUGGAGGGGGGCUCCCUCGUGACUUACAGCACAGAGAGAGUCAGUUUGGUGUCACCGAGGUUCAGCCGCACGGAGACCUGCGUUUGUCCCGGAGGUCUGUGCUCCGUUCCUGUGGAGCUCUGUGAAGGUCAGUCGUGCCCAGCUGACAUGCAGUGCGUCCGUUCUGGUCCUACAGCGCCAUCUGUCUGCCAGUGUCUGCCUGACAGACUAGAUGAGUGUGCAGGCCGAACCUCUCUGAGUUUCUCUGGAAACAGCUACAUCAAGUACAGAGUGACGGAGAGAGGUCAGAGUGGAGAGAUGAGGCUCGGCCUGAGAAUCAGGACUCUUCAGAGAAGAGGCGUCAUUAUGUUCACGCGUGUUAACCCCUGCACCAUGCUCAAGAUUGAAGGGGGUCGACUCUGGUUCCAGCUAGACUGUGACAACACUCUAGGCAUUAUGGGUAUCUCUGACAGACCGAUAAAUGAUGGCCUCUGGCAUUCAGUUGCUUUGGAACUGAUGACAAACUACACCCUUCUGUCACUGGAUGACAGUUAUGUGGAGCGCCGCAGAGCCGCUCGAGCGCCUGUCAGUCUUUGGCCUCUGGCUUCAGACCCGUCCUUUUUCUUCGGGGCCCAAGUAAGGCCUGCGAACGGGCAAGGCGAGAGGACCAGCGGCGUGCCAAGACUGGGAGACCGUGCAGCGAGGGGCCCACAGAGAGCCCAGGACGGCUUCCAAGGCUGCCUGGGCUCACUGAUGCUGAACGGUAAUGAGCUGCCACUCCAGAAUAAAAGAAGCCGCUACGCUGAGAUAGCCGGGCUCAGCGAGGUCAAGUUGGGCUGCGUGCUUUACCCAGAUCCGUGCGUCAGUCGGCCCUGCCUCAAUGGAGCUGUCUGCAGCAGCCUGCCUUCAGGAGGUUUCAUGUGUAGUUGCAGUGCUGGGUUCACUGGGGAACUUUGUGAAAUAGAAAUGACAUCCUGCGUGCCAAACCCAUGCCAGAACGGGGGAGACUGUUCGUCUGUGGCCAACACUUUCCUCUGUGGCUGUCCAAGAGGACUCCAGGGACUUAUAUGUGAUGAGGAUGUAAAUGAGUGUGACCAGGGCGAUUGUGAAAAUGGGGGAGAGUGCAUUAACACAUUCGGAUCGUUCUAUUGUAACUGCUCGGAAGGAUACGAGGGUCAGCUCUGCGACGACGACAUCCUCGGUGAUGACACUCAGGCUGAGCCGCUGUCUUACAUCGGACCAGGAGAGAUAAUUGGCAUUGGAGUCCUCGCCUUUGUCAUCAUUUUGCUCCUCAUCCUUUUCGUCGCCUUUAGGAAGAAAAUCAAAUUCAGGAAAGAGUCCGACCAAUGCCCGCAGACUCUGGGUGUAACCAGCAUAUCAGCCGUUUCCACAGAAACCAGCUACAUGCUGCGGAAGACUGGAAUGGGGGCAGAAGGGAUCGAGUUUAAAGCUGUGCGCGUGUCAGGCUCGCCGGGGACCACUAGUACAUACGGAGAGGUGGGAAGCAGCACUGGGGGUCCUCCCCAGGUCAUGGUGCGUCCAAAUGCCCAUUCCGCCCUCCCUGGAGCCGCCAGCAACCAGGGGGUGACCAGUUUAGACGGCGACAGGACUGAAGGCAUUCAGAUGAGCAGCUUCCUCCCAGAGAAGUCUGGCGUUCGAGGCGUGGCCAACAGGAGGGGUAUCGCAGUGUGCAGCGUGGCACCCAAUCUCCCCUCUUCGUCCACGCAUCACACAGAGCACAGCCCGCCCCACAAAGUGUCCUGGGAGGGAAAAGAGAGCAGGGAGAAAGAGCUGGAGAGGCUGAGAAAUGAAAGAGAGGAGGAGUGGGGGCAGAGAGCUUUUGAGCUGGCCAGAACCCACAGGGACGACAGUCCACAGGAGCUGGUGGACGAAGUGGGCUGUCACUCGGACUCCACCUCGGAGGAGCACUCCCUGAGUUCCUACACGUCUGACUCCUUCGAUGACAAUGCUUCCAUAGUAACAGUCAUACGUCUAGUGAACGAUGCCGUCGACGAUAUUGAAAGCAAAGUGUCAAACAUAGAAGAGCGGUGGUGGAACAGUCCUGCAUACCAGUGGGAAAUGUCCUGUCAGACUUCGAGCUGGCUGUCUCCAUCGCAUCUACAUUCACCUGUGGUAGGAUCCCAUUUGGACAUAAGUGAUGCCCAGCAGAACAUCAGGCGUGGAGGCAGCACGCACUCUUUACAGCUGGACACCAGAAUGGUGAGCGGCGGCGGCGGUGACCAAUGCCAGGAGAACCGGACGAGGACCUUUCAGUGGGAGAGGAAUCAUUCUGGUGAGUGGGAGAGAAGGAAAGGCGUCGUGCUCAGAGAAGACAAGCGAAGGCACAAAGUGGAGGGAAGGAGCAGAAACACCGAGGCCCAGCAGGUCCACAGGGAUCGUCUGCAGCAGCACGACGGCGACAGCAGCGAAGACAGCUCCUCGCCUGUUUACGAAGAAUACAGGGAGUCCAGCCAUGACCAGAAGCGAGACACCGAGAGUCUUUAUGACACGCUUCCCCCAACUCGCCGAGCUUAUGAAGGAUACCCAUCGAGCCCUCUGGGCCUCAAUCUGCACCCGGCUCAGCUCAUGCCCCCUCUGAGGGCCUGGGACUUACAGGCGGAGAACUGGAGGGAACUGGAGGAGCACGAAGGCAGCAGACCCGACUCUGGGAGUUUAGCCGGUUCUGGGGACGAGCUGGAAAGACUGCUGAACUUGGUGUCGCUGAGAGCCCGGAGAGCGACCCGGACAAACAGGGCUUCCACCGGAUCAGAACCGGCAGCGGGCUGGGACGGAUUAUAAUGAAACUGUGAAAAAAAAUAUAUAUAGAGAUUUCAUGUUUCCUUUACAGAGAAAGAGAUCCCAUGCUUCUGAAGUGCGGCACAAAUUGAAGAGGGAAAUAGAAAAUUCCCAUGUUUUAGUCGGCGUCCUGGUGUAAACAAGCACUAAUCCAUCAUCAAUUCCAUGGAUCAUCUCUAAAAUGAAGGAAUAAGAGGGAAUAUAUGCGUCCUCCUGAUGCGUCCACCUGUGCUGCUUUAGGCUUAGCCGCUAUUGGCUGUGAAUCGAUGCUUUUACAUUUAUUAUUUAGAGUCACUGAAGCAAAGCAUUUGGUGGAAGUCUGUCUCCUUUUUGAAUCGCACCGAUGUACAGACCCGGCGUUGUGUAUUUUCACGCAACAUCCCUUUAGAUCACACGGCUACGGACGUAUACCCACACACAAUCAUUUUGUGAAGUCAGCCGUGCCAUGCUCGCACAUGAAUUUAUUAUUGUCUCUAAGUCAGGCUCCGGGUUGUUUUGUAGAGAACUCUUCAUCCACAUCUUACAAGCAGCCCGAGAGAUGUGGCAGAGAUAAACAGAGAUGGAUAUGUAUCGAAUCCAUUUUUCUAUGAAUAUUUAUUUCAUCACUCUUGAUUUGUUUGAGGUUAAAGUCAUACAUCACGCUUAUCUGACAUGAGGAACUGAUUACGGACACACAAACUUAUCAACACAACUUCAAUGAAUGUACAUAGUGUGUGUUUUAUGUAUAUGUUCACUUUUAGAUAGAGGUAAACCUAUUGUUAACACCAGAAAUGAAUUCCAAGAAAUUAGUCGCUGAAAGGCUUGGAGAAUUGUGUGGAACCGUGAAGUGCACAAUCACUCACUCACACGGGCGGCUCACUGAUAACACAGUGUAAAUUCCGCCGUGCUCCCAGGUCACGCACAACAAAGGGAAUGCAAAUGGAAAAACCAACUCCAUGUUACUCCGCGCUCAGUCUGGGAUUUGGGGUAUUUCGACAUCAACGGAUUCAGGGCAGCGGUCGUGGGCAGCUGUGGAUUGGGAAUCGGCCAAAUUAAAUAACCGCUCUCGGAAUUAAAGUUGGUAAUGAUAACAGACAAACAUCCGUUUAUCUCUGAUACUUAGGAACGGUAAAUCUGCUAGCGAACGCGCCUCUGAUAAAUACCCUCUCGAGGUUGCUGGGAAAAUAUUUACAUCCGACGUGUAAACAGCAAACAUUAUGCGCCUCAGAGGAGAGAGCAGCAAACAUAAGUGCAAGCUAUCUACAAAUGACAUCAUGUAAUGAAACUCAAGGGCAACUAAUAAUGCGAAGUUGGAGCAAUUAUUUGCUUUUAAAUGCAGAUAAUUUAAACAGAACGAUACGGAGGGACUCUUUGAAGAGCGUCCAAUGGAAACGGGAGAUUGCGUGGGUGGUCUCCAGAAUGAUCCAUGCUGUCAUCUUCUUGCUUGUUCUUAUUCAGGCCCACUCAAAGUGAAUCCCUGAAGAGCAUCCCAGAGCCCGUCAAACUAAAACAAACACAUUCACACAUGCAGGCACUUUACAGUUUCCAGCUCACCUGAUGCUGCUCUUCCACGCGGCAAGAAGAGGAAUCGGGUCUCGGCGGACGACCAUGACACUAUGCAAGCUAAAGAGGACGAGGAAAAGGCCCACAGCGUAACCGCAACUCAGUUCUGUGACACUCCUGAAGGUUUUUUUCUUUUUUUAAAAAACGUUUGACUCCAGUGGCCCUGAAGUCCAAAUCACACCAACAAGUUACAAAACAUAUUAAAGAUGACCACAAAAAUUAGGAAAGCUAAACGAAUAAUUAAAAAAAAAAGGUUUAAAUCAAAACACAAUUAAAGAAAAAUGUAAAACAUUUUGGAAAACAAAAUAUAUUUUCCAAAACCAUAAGGAAAUGAUAAAAAUAUUAAACAUGAAAAGAAAUCAGGAAAUGUAGCUACCUUUGAUUUUUGACAUUUGAAUUUUUUUCAAAUGCGUCUUCAAUGUCCGUUUAAUAAUAAAAAUGUUAUGAUCGGUACGGAGAAAAUCCAGCAUCAUUUCAUGCCAAAUAGCUUUCAUUUAAAAUAAUAGACACGUGUAUUCAUCUAAUCUGUGAUGUCCCAUUCUACCCUCUUUUUCUAGUUUCUGCAAAAAAAAAAAACAAAAAAAAAAAUCAGAAACACAAAAGUAAUUUCCAUAAAUUUAAUGAAAAGAAGAAACCGCAAAAUUGCUAUCAUUUCUAACUCCAACUAUAUUUUUUCUAUUCCAAAAUUAUUCCUAGUUGAUAAAAUCAAUGUAUUGAUUUUAAUUGAUUCAAGCUUAAUAGAUCAAUAAUCAGUUCAUAAAAAUAGAGAACAAUCUAGUACAUAAACUAAAGUCUGCUAGCUUGAUGCUAACGUUUAAUGGGAUUUCCCAUAGGACGGCUAAUGCUAACACUCAGUUGACCUAAACAUACUUUACAUUGCCGACUAAAUAAACGUCUUUAUAUAAUCACAGGUAUGAAUUUUCCAAACUCUUUUAGGAAUUAUUUUUAAUGUAACCAUUUGUAAAUGGCGUAUACUUGUAUAGCACUUUCUGCGUUCCUUCAUAAGCCCAAAGCGCUUCGCAGUCACAGACAAGGACACUUCGACACAUGGACGAGAAGGCGGGAAUCAAACCUGCAAUCUUCCUCAGCAGUUGACCGCCCUACCACCACAGGCUGUGAUCUAAAGUACAGUUUUUGCUUAUUCUUUGCUUUUUCUUCUUGGAAAAAAAAAGUAUACUAGUCUAGCGCGAUCGCCACCUAGUGGCCAAUCUUAAAUGCCCUCCAGGAGAAGCAGAACAAUGUAACACUUGACAAUCUCAUUAAUUUACUAAUAAAGUUGAGAGUAUAUGAACUGCAUCAGAUUAAUAUAAAUAUAUUUAAAACAUACAGUGGCUUAUUAAUAUAUUCUAAGCAAAUGUUUCUAAAUGUGUAAACUAUGUAAACUCAAAAUUGAAUUGAGAGGAUCAAAAGAAUCGAAAAAAUAUCAGAAUCAAAUCGAUCUAGGCUCUUGUGAAGCCAAUCGACUCGGAAGGUAGUUUUGCUAAUUUCCCAUCAGCCCUUUAACACUCUCUCCCGCUAGCUUCACAGGCCCAAGCUAACAUUAGUGUAGCAGAAAGACUGAAAGAAAUAUUAGAGCUAUCCAGCUGUACAGUUUUAAGCCAGAUGGCGGCUCAGACGAGGAACAUGAAGACGUUAAUGGAUCUAUUUGUCUGUAUGUGAAUCCAUCUGAAUUGUAGCAGAGAUGGAGACUCUGGUCCGGCCAUGGCGUUUUUGUUUUUUUCUUUAAUCCGAUCCAAUUUGAAUAAAGAAAAUACAACGAAACAGUUUUCAUCUUAAAUUAUUUUUCACAUAUCUUAAAAAAAAAAUGCUACAAAAACACCAUUUUCAUUGGAGCGGGUCUUUAAAAUGUUUUUGCGUCGAGUGAUUUGUUGGUGUGAUUUGCACUUCAGGGCCACCAUACUUGACUAUCAUCGUCCCACUUCCAUCAGCGCAUCGACUCUCUUCAACACAUGCUGGAUUCUGAAGAAUUUCAGGUGGCAGAGACAAAAGAUGUGAAGCAGUGGGGGAGUGCGCGGAUGCAUUUUAAUCAGAAAGGGAUUUUUCUUCCUAAUCGGAACAUCCACCUGAUGUUCUGUAGCAGGUUAGACCUGUUUGAAGACAACAUUAAUCAUUUCUGUAAAAUAUUCAAUCUUGUUAGCUCGAUCUCGUCACAGCUCUCAACCGCCCCUUCCGCAGAUUCAGUUAGAAAAGCAUGUCCUGGGACAACAUGGUAAAGGUGCUCAAAUUGUUAAUGAUACUUAUUCAAAGUCAUCUAAGGAUGUUCAAAAAGGCUGUCGUGAUGCUUUGAUGGUAUAAAUGUCAAACAUCUGAGUGGAUUUCAGCAUAAUCUUCUCAUCAUGCUCUUUUAUCUCAGACCCAGAAUUUAGAUGCGACUUGAAUAAAUGUCUCCAGAUUAC